UUCUGAUUCAUGUUCAAAUAAAAAAAAAACAUGAUGUUGCCUCAUAAUCUAUAUGUUUUAAUCUUCUUCAUUUCAUCUAUAACCGCAGCUACAGACGUAGUUCCCGGUUUUGCCAAGCCUGGAUGCAAUGAGACGUGUGGGAAUUUAACCAUUCCAUACCCUUUUGGAAUCGGUCCAAACUGUUUUCUCAACCGAUGGUACGCUGUAGAUUGCGUCUCCUCUAAACCAUAUUUAUCAUCUCUAAAACACCUUCCAUUGUUGGGUAUAGACUUGAGUGAACAGAUGGUUCUUGUCAACGUCUCAUUGAGCUCUAAAUGUCAAGCCUCAGUUUGGAAUAGCACUCAAAUUGUAAAUCUUGGUGAUAGCCCGUUCCUGUUUUCGAUGAUGCACAAUAAAUUCACCAUUCAGGGAUGUGGCACUGCUGCCAUAUCAAGCCAUGGAAAUGAUAUUACUUGGUGUUCUACGUUGUGUUCUCAGCCUUCUAUGAGUUCUAGGAUAGACAAUUGCUAUGGGAUCCAUUGUUGUCGAGCCAAAGUUCCUUAUUAUCUGGAGGCUUUCAGUGUCAAUGUGUCAAGCAAUAAAUCGUGUCUCUCCGCCUUCUUGGUGGCUGAUAAUUCAUAUGUUCAUGACUUGUUUUCGCGCCAAUCUUAUGACGGGGAUGUUUCUUCGAUUCCAACGGUACUUCGGUGGACGCUAACCAACAAUGAUUAUAGCAAAGCGAGUUGUAAUUAUAGUUUCAGCACACAUGAGCUACAUAUGAGUGAGAAUACUUCUGUCCACACUGGGAAGUGUAGCUGCCGGUCUGAAAUAGAAGAAGGAAACCCUUAUCUAUCUGGUGGAUGCAAAGUUACCGAAGAAUGUACAAAGUGUAUGGAAACGUCGGGGUCUUGUGUGUACAAAGUAUCAUAUAGUGGUGUGCGGAACUUCGUUUGUGAUCACCAAUUUGGCCAUAGUCGAAGCAAAUCAUCAUCCCUAGCAAUUUUUCUAGGUGUUGGCAUAAGUAUUCUCGCCCUAAUUCUUACAGCCCUAGGAUUUACAUUUUACAAAAUAAUACAAAGAGCCAAAGACAAAAGACGGAAAAAAAGAUUUUUUGAACGUAAUGGAGGCCUGCUCCUACAACAGCAGGAAGCAUGUAAUGGCGAUUUAGUUGAUAAAACCAAGUUGUUUACAUCUGAAGAGUUGGAGAAGGCGACAAACUACUUUAACGAGAAUAGGAUUAUUGGUUGUGGAGGCCAAGGUAUCGUAUACAAAGGCAUGUUGGCUGAUGGAAGCGUCGUAGCAGUCAAAAAGCCAAAGUCAUUUGACCAAAGUCAACCAGAGCAAUUCAUCAACGAGAUGGUUAUUAUUUCACAAAUCAAUCAUAGGAAUGUGGUCAAACUAUUGGGGUGUUGCUUAGAGACGGAUGUUCCGAUAUUGGUUUCAGAGUUUAUCUCAAAUGGGACAUUGUAUGAGCAUAUACAUCAUGAGACUACUGAGAUUUUCAUUCCUUUAAACAUACGACUACAAAUUGCUACCGAGGUAGCGGGAGCACUAUCAUAUUUGCAUUCAGCAACAUCAAUUCCAAUCUACCAUAGAGACAUCAAAUCCACUAAUGUGGAUUUUGGGGGUGUGACAACUAACAUACUUUUGGACGAAAAAUCUAGAGCUAAGAUAUCUGACUUUGGAACUUUAAGGUUCAUCUCAAUAGGCCAAACUCACCUAACUACCAUAGUCAAAGGAACAUUUGGCUACUUGGAUCCAGAGUACUUUCAAACUAGUCAGUUCACUGAAAAAAGUGAUGUUUAUAGUUUUGGAGUUGUUUUGGUUGAACUAUUAACAGGAGAAAAACCGAUUUGCCUAAGUAGAUUUGGUGGAAACAUAACCUUGGUUGCACACUUUAUGUCGGCUUUUGAAGAAGGUCGAGUCAUGUCUAUUCUAGAUGUAAAGAUGGUGAAAGAGGGUGGUAGGGAUGUGUUGAUAAAAGUAGUUGACCUAGCAAUACGAUGUUUAAACUUGUGUGGGAAAAAUAGACCGACAAUGAGAGAAGUAGUCUUAAAGUUGGAAGCAAUUAGAAUGUCACACUUGUCAUCUGGAGUUAAUUUGGAUUUUGAAAAAGUAAAGUACAACGAUGAAAAAGAAGAAGAGUUACUUAUGUUAUCAUAUGGAGAGUCAACAUCAAGUAGCAUCAUGUAG